AUUGCAGCAACAUGGCCAACCUGCAACUGCUGCUGCUCCUACUGCUGGGCCUACACUGCGCAUCCGGCAUGUGGGUAAAGAAAUAUGAAGAAAACUACCAUCGUCCGACCUACUACAAUCGAGCGCACAAAUCAAGCAAACACGUAAACUACAAUCGAGAGGAACUAGAACAGCGUGACGUAAAGAUCAAAAAACGUGGGCUGGAGCCGUUCGAUCCGAACGUCCAUAAAAGCUUCUACGUGCACAUCCUGUAUAAGGGCUCUGUCAUAUGCGCUGGCGCUCUAAUUUCACGGCGCAUGAUCAUCACAUCCUCACGUUGUUUUCUCCCCACAGAAAGCGAUCCAACAUACGCGUUCAAGGCGCGAUAUAUGACGGUACGCACUGGCCUGGAAAUCGGCAGUGCCAUCAGCACGAAACCUUCGCAGGUCAUCGCCUUCUAUAUGCCUGCCACAAAGACCAAUAUGACGACUCACGACAUUGCGCUGGUCGCAUUGGAAAAGAAACUGCCCAAACAAAAAUAUCGCUUCAUCGGUCUCUACCGACAGAUUCCGAAGCCGGGCGAUUCCGUGCAAAUGGCCUUCCUCGAUCCAGCUGAAUACGAAAUCACACUCUUCCCCAGCAAAGUAGUGGAUAUGGAACUUUGCAAGAACUUCUAUGAAUCGUUACGCCCACAUAACAUGCCGUUUGGGUCCGAAUUUUUCUGUACCUCCAACAAACCCAACAACGGCAAGGUGGCCUGCAGCACCCGACCGGGUGAUCCACUGAUUAUUAACAACGAACUUGCUGCGAUCAACAUCUACGGCGAACAUUGCGAUCUGGCAGAAGGUCGUCAGACUAUGGACGUUUACUACGGCAUUCGUCACACAAUCAAAUAUGUGCAAAUAGCCACGGAUCUGUUACGCGCCUUUACCGACACUUGGCCUUUCAAUGAUACGAAGGACGGUCCGAUGUUCGACAACCAAUUUACGGCUACUCCAUAACUAUAAAACUAUAGCCAAUAACCAAUAAAGCAUGCUAUGGAAAUGGAAUAGUAAUUUUAAUUAAAGACAAGAUAUGCAAAAACAUUGAAAUAAAUUUAAAA